AUGCGACAAAGCUGGAACGACAACGCGACAGUGCGACAAGCGACAAUGCGACAAAACUACCGUGACAAAGCGAAAAUGCGACAAAAUAAAAACGACAACGCGACGAAAAACUAUAAAAAUGCGACAACGUUGUUGCCUCGCUUUGCUGAUAGGACACCAGUUGAUACAUCACAGGCUGCUAGGACACAGGCUGAUACAACACAGACUGAUACAUCACAGGCUGAUAGAAUACAUGCUGAUACAACUCCAUUUGACACAACACAUGCUGAUACAACACAUGCUGAUACAUCACAGACUGGUAGGACACCGGCUGAUACAACACCGACUUAUGCAAUACAGACUGUUAGGACACAUGCUGAUAUAACACUAAAUGAUACAACACAGACUGAUAGAUCACAAGCUGAUAGAAUACAUGCUGAUACAACUCCAAUUGAUACAACACAAGCUGAUACAGCACCGACUGAUACCUCAAAUGCUGAUAGGACACAGGCUGAUACAACUCCAACUGAUACAUCACAGGCUGGUUGGACACAUGCUGAUACAACACCGACUGAAACAACUCCAGCUGAUACAUCACAGGCUGGUAGGACAUAUGCUGAUACAACACCGACUGAUACAUCACAGGCUGAUAGGACACAGGCUGAUACAACACCAACUGAUGCAAUAAAGACUGUUAGAACACAUGAUGAUACAUCACAUGCUGAUAUAUCACUGGCUGAUAGAACACAGGCUGAUACAACACCGACUGAUACAACACCAGCUGAUACAAUGCAGGCUGAUAGGACUCAGGCAGAUACAACACCGACCGAUAUUACACAGGCUGAUACAACACCAACUAAUAAACCACAGGCUGAUGUUCAACAGAUUGAUAGGACACAGACUGAUACAACACAGACUGGUAGGACACAGACUGAUACAGCACAUACUGAUAGGACACAGGCUGACACAACACAGGCUGAUACAACACAGGCUGAUAGGACACAGGCUGAUACAGCAAAGGCAGUACACACGGAUGUGUGUUUUGAUACAUCUUUUAUUUCACAAAAUGAAGAGCUCUUGUCUGAGAGUAAUGCAACCUGUGGACAAAACAUAGACUCGGCUGAUGAGAAACAUGUCAAGCAUUCCAAACCCGAGUCCGACCGACUGUCUAGCAUGAAAAGUUUCACCUCAGAACAGAUGUAUUAUAUUGCUCAAAAGGUUUACGUUAGAACUAGAGCGGUUGAGAAGGCCGAGGAAUGCCUGUGUAACCUUGGCAUUUUGGUGUUGACAGGAAAUCCAGGAUCAGGGAAGACAACUUGUUGUGAUUUCUAUGUAAAUACUUUGAAAGCAAACCUGCGUAAAGUGGAAUAUUUCGAAAAGCCAAUAGAAUAUUUAAAGCAACAGCUAAACACAAUAAAAGCAGAAGACGGGUGUCAGUUCCAGUAUAUUGUCCUUCUGGCAGUUAUGUUUAAUGGAGGUACUUUAAAAGAUGAGCUUUUGGAUCCAUUUACAAAGAAUGAAUCGUUUGCUGAUUUACUUACUAAACUGAAACAUGUGUACCAAAGUCAGGUGGAAUGA